UCCACCUGAAGACAUAUAUGUGAAACAUGCAGCUUUUGUUCCAACAGAUUUUGGCUACUGUGACUUUAAAGCAGCAACCUGAGAUACAGAAUCCUUCUGUAAUUCAGUCCCAGUCUUAAUGCUUAUACUGGGAUAUUCAUAACGGAACCAUUUGUAUCUUUUAAAUCAUUUUUGUUAUAUUUUGUAAUAUACUGUAUUAUUUAAUUUAGUUUAGUUAGUUACUGUCUUGGAGCUACUGUGGCCACAUAAUUUCCACAGGGAUUAAUAAAGCAUUCUGAUUCUGAUUAUUCUUACCAAUUUUCAUUUAAAAGCUGAAAGAAUCCAUACAAAUGUGUAGUCUUAAAGAAAUUAAUAUGGAUUCGAAAUAGAUAGACCUAAAUUUCUCAUUGUUGAAGAACCUGCCACUGAGGCAGAUUGUUUCUCUCUGUCCACUUCUGUCCAGCACCACAAAUGAUCAGUCUUCAUCUCCUCCAAAGCUGGAGAGCAUUCACCUCUCCACCUCUCCACUGACAUUCAUAAUCACGAUGUCCUACCUGUGUUACUGCUGAAAUGCUUUAUAGGAAAGAAAGAAAGAAAGAAAGAAAGAAAGAAAGAAAGGAAGAAAGAAAGAAAGAAAGAAAGAAAGCAAUCCAGACUUUAUUCUUAGUCUUGUGAAGAGACCCUGGGUUGUGUCACAGCUGAAGCUUUGUUGUCAGAGACAGUCUUUGUUAAUCAGGUGUUAUAACUAACGCAAUGGUUUGUUGUUGUACCCCAGCCUUGUCCCUUUGAAUAAUUGAGACCACUGUAUUUGCCUGUUAUAUUUUUUCCUUGGUCAGCAACUAGCUACUAGUUUUGUCCCCAAGAUCAAUUGCCUUGGUAACGCAGCCAGAGAGAGAGAGAGAGAAAGAGAGAAAGAGAGAGAGAGAGCGAGAGAGAAAGAUUUGUGCCCACAAUGGCGACUGUAGGUAUGCUAAAUACCUCUGGUUCCUUAUCCGGGAACUACCUCUUACCCUGCUAUUGGGCCAUUGGGUCACGUGGUAAAAGUAACUUUACAGGGCUGCUCGCAAGUAGGAGGGCUUUAUGGAGCAGAAAAACGACAAAGCUAGAAAAAUUAUUUUCCACUCCAGAAAUUAAUGAUCAUGAGCUCGUAUUUGAUGGAGUCUAACUACAUUGAUCCGAAAUUUCCUCCAUGCGAGGAAUAUUCGCAAAAUAACUACAUCCCCGAGCAUAGUCCAGAAUAUUACAGCCGCGCAAGGGACACUGGCUACCAGCAUCACCAUCAGGAGUUAUAUCCUCCGCGGGCGAGCUACCAAGAGCGCCAGUUUAACUGUGCAAGCAUCCCUGAACCUGACACGCCAAGGGGACAUGGAAUACCCCAUUCUGCGCAUCUACUGACAGGGAAAGGGCAACCUGCUUCAUGUGAAACCCCACAGUUGUCCAUGUCCCCCGCCACCCCACCGGCCGCAACCUCCGCCUGCAACCAAGCUACCCCGGAGCAUCCAAACAGCACAGCCUCCUCCAAACAGCCUGUGGUGUACCCAUGGAUGAAGAAAAUUCACGUCAGCACUGUGAACUCUGGUUACAAUGGGACGGAGCCCAAGCGGUCUAGGACAGCAUACACCCGGCAGCAAGUCUUAGAAUUGGAGAAGGAAUUCCACUAUAACCGAUAUUUAACUCGGCGGAGGCGCAUCGAGAUCGCACACACCCUGGUUCUCUCCGAGCGGCAGAUUAAAAUCUGGUUUCAAAACCGCAGGAUGAAAUGGAAAAAGGAUCACAGGCUCCCGAACACCAAAGUGAGAUCCUCCUCCUCUUCCUCCGGGUCCAACACAAGCUCAGCAGCCGGCGCUGUUGCCGCUGCCUCGGCCACUAACACCGGGGCCCCCGACGAACUUACCGGAGCUCAGCAUGGCGAGGAUAUUACCAGGUUAUAAAACCACGAACCAUUACUGGGGGUAGAAUAAGAACUGGUUAUUUAUAGAACACUUAUAUAUUUUGUUUUCGUAGCUAUCUUGUGCGGUUUCCUUUAAGUCCAAAGUUAUAUAAAAUGCAUGUUAUAUAGCAUGGAUUACUGCGAAUACCGAUGAAUUAUUUUUACGUGACACAGGGUUUAAUUUAUUUGAAGUUCAAUUAAAAUGAUGUUUUUUAUUAAAAAAUGUUUUGAAUGAAGGAUGAAAAAGUAGAAAAAAAUAUACAUUUUAUCAAAAUGUUAUUGUGGGCCAUUCUUUUGCCCUGCUGCCCAAGGUGAAAUGCACAAUCUAUUUAUUUCAAACAACACUGGAAGGAAAUCACUAUAAUAAUAGUUAUUUUUGGUAUAUAAAAAAAGAAAGCUGGAACACACCAUUGAUCUUGAACUUGUAUGUUUAGGAGAAUAACAAUGUGUGAAUUACCUCGUGUAUUUCAGAAACAGGAUUUUUCUUUUUCUUUUUCAUUUUUUGCAAUUUAGUUUUGUGGUGUUGAUGUUGUGUUUUAGACCGUUCAAAGCAGAUUAUUGUGAAAUGCAAUAAACGGAGUUUAGUGUACUUGUGCUAAUCAUAUUGGUCAAUAAAACAGUGAGUGUCUACUAGUUUUAAA